UAAUUACUGACUUAAUAUUUCUGUACAAACUUUAAUGUUAAAGAAAAGAAAUUAAUCAUUACAGUGAUUAAUUACCAAAAAUUAUUAUUUAGUUUAAAGAAAAUUGAUAAAAUAAAUUUAAAAAUUAUUAUCAAUUGUAGAGAAGGAGUUAUUAAAAAUGGAUAAAUAUCAAGCAAUAAGAUCCUUCAUCUCAGCAGCAUCCGAGUAUUCUAGACAUCCUAGUGAAACAACUACUUCAGUUCUUCAAAGGAAUCUCAUUGCUAUUAAUUCAUCUACAGAUCUAAGUAUUUUUGACCCUGGAAGCACCAUAUCGUCCGAAUUUUAUAUGUAUCUGUAUAACUUAGCGAAUUCACAUGAAUUACGAAGCUCCUUAAUUUGGAGUAUUUUAGAUGUUCUUCAGCAUGCUUGUAAGAAUGCUGCAGCUCGACAAGCUUUUAUUCAUACUUAUAAGUUUUCACAAAUUCUAUCAAAAUUAUUGGAGACAAAUUUAAUUCCUGACAAACGAAUGAGAAUCCUGAAACUGCUUCAAGAAUUGACUCAUGGAGUUAGAAUUCAUUGGCAAGAAGCUCAUCUUCCUCAUUUAAUGUCAACUCUAACACAAUGGAUCAUGCAAUCAAAAGAAGAAGAGAUCGUUUCUUUGUCACUUGGCGUUUUAAUCAAUCUUUGUUAUCGAAAUUUACCGGCUGUUUAUACUUUAAUGCGAACAAUUGACCCAAAAGCGCUUCACCGAACCCUUCUAAAACUCCAAUGUAAUAAUUCAAACAUUAAAGUUCAAUGUUGUAAGCUCUUAAUGAUAAUGGAACAUACUCACAAAGACAUUCCUGAUAAAGUAAUUUUAGAAUUUAUUAUGGUAACUUUUCAGAGUAUUUUAACGGCUUUAAAAUCAAAAGAUUCUUCUUUAUUGCGACAGAUUGUUGAAUUUUUUGAAGAUAUGAAACAAAAUGAACAUUCAAGAUUAGCUCUUACCUCUUAUCAAAAUUACCACAAUGAUGUUAAAAAUAUUCUCGAGAGAUUAAAUGUUUCUCUCGAUCCAUUAUGUGUCGCGUUAGUUUUGGAAUUUAUAUUGUCUCUUAUUAAACUGAAACUACCAUCAUUGGUUUCACUUUACAGCCAAUUUAUUAAAAUAUCUAUGGAAUGGAUAUCUUGCAAUAACAAUAACGAUCAAGUGAUUAUAAAGGCUUUAGCAUUGAUAAAAACAAUUGUUGUGGAAUCUCGACGUAGUAAAGGCUUUGGAGAUUUGAUCUCAGAUUUAAAUCUAAAAGCUUUAAUGGUCGUUGUUGAAAAUGAAAAUGACACGAAUGAAUUAAGCGAUGAGGGAAGUAUUGAAACUAACUCUAAACUAACAGAACUGAUUCAAUUACUCUCGGAAAUGAGUAAAGUUCCUAAUCUUCGAGCUCAAGUUACUGAAGCAUUCAACGAACAGACUAUGCGGAGACUACUAAGACCACUUUGUGAACAAAAAGACUUGACUCCUGCUAAUAACUGGCCUGGUUUCUUACUCCACAAUCCGUCCAUUUCAUUUUAUAUUUAUGCAUUGAUAUUAGCUGCCGAUUUAUCAAGUGAAAAUUCAAACUGGCUUUCAUUAUAUUCAGAAUUGAUUCAAAAGAAGCAAAUUCAAAUGAUUAUUGCCGUAACUAUUUUCACUGGUGAAUAUGAAAUCAAACAAAAAUGCCUUCAACUUAUGACUUCGGUUGGAUUUCCACAAGAAUGCGUCGCUGCAGUUUCUAAGUGUCUUUGUGAACUGGAACCCAUUGUGCUUAUCCAAAGUAAACCUGAAACACUUACAAACUUUGUAAAUAAGCGAAAUAGUUUUUUAAAUUCUGAUAUGACACCUUCGAUAUCUGUAACCCAACAAGAACAAUUAGAUGCUACUAUAUCUAAUAUUAAUGAGCUUAUAACAGAAAAAAAAAUUAGUGAUAUUAAUGUUACAUCGAUUAUGGAACUUUACAAUUAUAAAUUAUCUAUUAUGGAAAAUGCUGAAAAAAUUAAUCAUUCUAAUCUUGAAGCUGCUGAUCGUUUUGCAACAAAUCUUCAACAAAGACUUGAUCAAAUGAUUGCUGAAUCUAAUAGACUCCAUCAAUUAUUGUUUCAUUUUCAGUAUGAUUUACAAAAUCUUCAAGCGGAUAAAAUGAAAGUUAGUACAAGGCUUCAAGAAGUAGAAAAAGAAACAAAGAGACUUCAUUCAGAUCAAAAACAAGAGAUUCAAGGCUUGAAAAAAAUAGUAGAAGAAAAAUCAACUAGUUUAGAAAAGGUAAAAAAAGAUUACACUGAUGCUAUAAAUACGAAUGAAGAAUUAAAAAAGAAAAAUGAAGAAUAUGAAAGUAAAAAUUCUAGUAUGGAAAAUCAAAUUCAAGAAAUGACGCAAAAAAUCAAUGACUUCAACAAACUAAUAACAAAACUACAAGACAAAUUAUCUAGAAGAGAACAAACAAUUGAAGUAAAAGAAAAAGAAAUAGAAACAUAUAGUGAAUCAAUAGCAGCCUUAAAACAAGAAAAUGAACAGUUAAUGAGGCAGUGUCGAGGAUAUGAACAAGAAAUAGCUGAAAAAGAAGAGAAUAAUACAAAAAUGAUCGAAGAGAUUAAAGAAUUGAGUAGAAUGCGAGAUAUGAUAUAUCAAAUAACAGCCAAGAAAAAAGAUACUCAAAAUGAAACGACGUAAUAAUAUUAAUUAAUAAAAACUUUGAUGUAAUUGCCAUGUAUCUAAACUAAUUAAUGACAAUAAAUAUUCUUGGAACCAUCUAUUUUAA